ACUGCAAUUCUACUUGGUAUCAGAGCUUAGGCUCCCCUCCCUCCCUCUCCAUGGCCGACCUCAACGCCUCCUCUGCUCCGGCGACGGCGGCCGCACCACUCUCUUCUUCUCCCCUUGACACUGAUCCACACACACCCCUCCAACAGCGCGCUCCCUCCAUGCCGCGCGCCGCCCUCACCCCCCUCCACCCCGACGGGCGCGAUCUGUUCGGCAGCGCCGCACCUCCCUCUCUCCCCAUCGUCCACAACUCCGGCGUCGUGCUGCCCACCCUUCCCGCCCCACCCUCUUCUACUCUCUCCAUACGCGACGUCCAGAUCGCCAACUACAUUGACUUCAAAGUCACCACCACCGGCACCAAUCUCUCCAAGUGGAGCCAAAUCCUCACCUUUCUGCUCACCAUGUACAAGGCAUUGGACCACAUCACGGAGGGCGCUGCCCCGGCCGUGCCUUCCGACGCCUGGCUCGCGGACGACAUCCACAUAUCCUUGUGGUUCAUGGCAACCCUCGCCGACGAUCUACUCCGACUGGUUCAGGGCUCCGACGGUCGUGCUUCCACCACGUGGGCUCGCCUCCACAACUUCUUCUACGCCAACCGGUCGUCGCAGUACAUCUGCCUCAGCAAAAAGUUCCGCAACACGCCGCGCGGGGAUAUGACAAUCGCCGUCUACGCCGCUCGCCUACAGUCCAUUGCCGACGACCUCGCCAACGUCGGUUACCCUGUGGCCGACCACGACCUCACCAUGCAGCUCCUCGCCGGACUCGGCAAAAAGUUCAAGCUCCCCUCCGCCAUCCUCCAGCAGGUCGUGCCGCUCCCGCAGUUCGCCGACGCCUGUUCCUGUCUCAUGUUGGCCGAGGUCUCCAUCGACGAGGAACAGGAGGAGGAGGCCUCCCACGUCAUGGUGGUCCAUGGCCAGGACCGCGGCGGCCGUGGCGGUGGCCCGAACAGCGGCGGCGGCCCUCGCGCCCCCCGUCCAGGAUCGUGGCAGCGAACAAGGCAACGCAGGCGGCGGUGGUCGCGGCGGCACACCACACGGUGGUUUUCCGGGCGGCAUCAGCCCCAAUUACCGGGGGAAGAACCCCAGCCCCAGCCGUCGGCGCCGUAUGCUGCACCACCUUACUCCUUCGACCACACCGCCAUGCUCCAUCAAGCCAUGAGCAACUCCACCGCUGCCGCGUACCCGCAGCAGCCUCCCGAGUGGAUCAUGGACUCCGGCGCCUCCUCCCAUGUCACCGGACCUAGCCACCAAGACCCUUCUUCUUCGCUCCAAUAGUGACGGGGACCUCUACCCAUUCAACAGCUCCACCCCCUCGACGCAAGCAGCCUUCUCCACCACCGGCGGCAACACAUGGCACCGGCGCCUUGGACAUCCAAGCUCCACCUCCAUCUCCCAUUUACCUCUUGAUUUUCUUACCACAUGUAAUAAUACAUCUACUAGUCGCUCCCCCAUAUGUGAAGCUUGUCAACUUGGUCGACAAGCCCGUCUCCCUUUCCCCACCUCCUCCUCACACACUACCGCUGCAUUUCAACUCCUACAUUGCGACUUGUGGACAUCUCCGAUUGUUAGUUUUUCUGGUUAUAAAUACUACUUAGUUGUUCUUGAUGAUUUUACUCAUUAUUCAUGGACCUUUCCCUUAAGAAAUA